AUGAUGGACUGGUACUACAACGACACAGGUUAUGGCGACGGCUAUGGUAACGGAGGAUAUGCGCGGGACUAUGGUAACAGCCUCGGCUUCUGCGGUGUCCUUCCAGCACGGCAGGUGUCUGGCUACCCGAUGUCUUCUCAAACGAGGGAAACAAUCUUCGUUUCCAUUGCGAGCUACCGCGAUACACAGUGUCAGUAUACGAUCCAGGAUCUUUUCCAAAAAGCCAAGCAUCCUGACCGCGUGGUUGCUGGAGUUUGCUUUCAGGUGGCCCCAUCAGAUUCAGACAGCUUUCUGCUCGACUUGGGAACAUGGUCUGCCCGCAUCCGGACCUACUUCCUUCACCACACAGAAGCUCGAGGGCCCUGCUAUGCUCGGGCACUGAUCCAGCAAGAGCUCUUCCGAAACGAGGACUUCUAUUUCCAGAUUGACAGCCACAUGCGUUUUGUGCAGGAUUGGGACGUGCUCUGCUUGGAGCAACUGGCAUGCUGCAAGAGCCAGAAGCCGAUCCUCACGACCUAUGCCGGCAGUUACACGCUUCCAAAACACUAUGUGCCCGGGAUGCCCGACUGUGCCGAGCUGGCCCCUUGCCGGGCCGUGCCCAUCCUUUGUGCUGAUACCUUCGGGGAUGCCCAGAAGGAUGAUCCUUUCUUGCGAAUCAAGACGCGGCAAUGUCGCACAGACUUCAGAAAGAAGCCCCCGCCGUCGCUCUUCUGGACGGCUCGCUUUGCUUUCUCUCGUGGAGAUGUGGUGAAAGACGUUCCCUAUGACCCUCACCUCGAGUAUGUGUUCUUCGGGGAGGAAAUUGGAAUGUCUGCAAGACUUUGGACAGCUGGUUGGGAUUUCUUCCACCCAACACAAGAGCUGGCGUACCAUCUGGGCAGCCGGGCACACCGCUAUUGGUUCCGAGAAGUCCAAACUACGCCUGAGCAGAUUGCAAGGGAAACUCGCGCGAAGCACCGUCUCUGUGGCUUGCUCGGGACUUUCUGGAAGGAGACGCUGCACGCGCCGCCCGCGAGGCCCUAUGACCUGGGUACCAAGCGCUCGCUUCUGGAGUAUCAAGGCUUUGCAGGCGUGGACUUCGCUGCUCAGCGUGUGCUGGACCAUGGCCACCUGGGAGGACAGCCUGCAGAUGCCUUUGCUCCUCUUUGGGCAGAGGCCGAGCGAGAUCCUUGGGUUUACGCUCUCACAACUCGGACAAGCCUGGCGANNGCCGGCAAAGGGAGCAAAGGAGCAACCACUGCCGAGGCGGCGGCUGCCAUGACAGCAAAGGCGCCGCAAGCCUCUUCGCAGGCUGUCGAGCAGGCCAAGGAUUUGGCCAGGCUUCGGAUCCAUUCGCUGCGGGCACAGGGGGAAGGCCCGACAACGAACCUGGAGCUGGCCAGGGCCUUUGCCGAGCUCGGCCAGCUCGAGGAGAGCUCGGGCAAUGGCCGCGCAGCAGCUGCGGCUUUGGAGCAGGGCCUUGGACACCUAAGCACUGCGAAGGAGGAGCUGCCGUUGGAGAAGCCGGAGAUCUUUGAAGCCUCUGUGGCAUCGACAGAGGCCUCGCUCAGGAUCAGCCUUCAAGAAUUUCCUGCUGCCAAAGCGCUCCUGAAAGGUGCGGUGAAAAGCUCGGUGGCUGCCUUGGAAAAGCAUGGCUUGGAGGCGCUACAUGUCGCACACGCUACCAUCGAUGCCAUCCACACCUCGCACGAGAGGACCGACGACCGCAAGGGUCUUCAAAGCUACCACCACAGCUUCGAGGCUCUCCUGCAGGCUCUCUGGAAGCUCGUGGGCGAUGAGCCAUCAGAGGUUCCGCGGCUGACCGCCGCCCAGCCGCCACCGGAGGACGGCUCCGAGCCAGAGCUGGCCCGUUUGCUUCAUCGCCUGGUCCUCGUCUGCGUGGCCACCGGGCGUGAGAAAGACAUGGCUCUUGUAAAGACCGUCUUCCAGCGUUUCCGCAUGGCUCGGGAAAGCCCGGCGUUGCUGCGGCUGCUGGCGAUGCUGCAGAGCGCGGGCCAUUUCCUGACCGAGGGCUGUAAGGGCGGCUGGGGAGCACCGCCAAUGGAUCUCAUGGUCAAAGGCGGCGGGGACUAUGGUAAAGGCUACGGAAAGCAGGAGCCACAAGCUCCCCAGGCUCCCAAAGAGGCCAAAGGACUGUUGAGAACUCUCCUCUCCAAUGAGGCCAUCCCCGGAGGGAAGUGGAACAACGAUGACAACACCCUUUUCGUUGGAGGUCUUCCGGAGGACAUGACGAAUCUCGAGAUGUAUCAGAUCUUCGCGCCCUUCGGCCCGAUCGCACCAAGGGGG